AUGGCUGUUUUGGAAGUGACUAUCCACUUCCUUGUUUCAUUUGUGGUGGAUACUGAGGAUGGGGAGGCAAUAACGGCGGUGGUCGUGGAGGAAAUAAUGGAGGAUGGGGAGGCAACAAUGGAGGUGGACGUGGAGGAAACAAUGGAGGAUGGGGAAACAACAACAACGGAGGAAAUCGUUGGACUGAAAAUCCAAAUGGACCUAACCGCGGAGGAAACGGAGGAGGACGUGGUGGAAACCAAGGGGGACGAGGAGACGGAAGAAGCCACGGAGAACGCAUCACUGACAACGUUCUUGGAUCAAUCUUCGGAUAAAUUGACUUCUCGAGAAUUCUCUCAUUCACUUUCUUGA